UUAUGGCUUAUAUUUGUUUUGCAUUGGCUCUAAACAGAUCAGAUAAAAGAAGUCAGCCUACUUUUGUAUAUUGUGCAUGUUUUAUGUAUUAUAUAGGCAAAACAAGUAUGUUUAAAUAUUGUAAUACUUUUUCCUCUCACUGGAAUAGUUAUGGCUACUGUAUAUGUGAAUUGUUAUUAUAUUGACCCAUUUUUCUCUUACAAACCAGCAUAUUUUAUUGUCAGUGUUAUACUUGAGUAUCAAAACUUUAGCAUCACCUGAAAUCACCCACUGCCCUAUUGACAAGGUGCGACAGAGAUGCAUAUGGGUCAACAAAAUCCUUUGGUGGACGGUCUGUCCUUAAAAGAACUGGGGGAUAGCGUGCUGGUGGAGAUAGAAGAACAGAGGAAAAAAAUUCCCUUUCUUAAACACGUGGAGUAUCGUAUUAUCAGCAAGUGUUUUCAGGUACCAGUUCACCGCAAGUACAGUGAUUUCGAGCUGUUCCACAGUUUAUUACUGCAGAAGUUUAUCUACAGGAUUGUCCCACCUCUGCCUCCAAAACGCAUUCUUAAAGGCGUUUUAAACUCAAUAUCAGACCGAGAGUUUAAUGACAGCCGUCGUCGGGGUUUACAAAGGUUUAUGACCUUAGUGAUCAGACAUCCAGUUUUAGCAGGAGAUGAGCUGGUCAACAUCUUUCUGUCAGAGAGCAGUGCGGAUGUUCAACACAAGCUGCGUGAAGCGUUUAAAAAGUCAGGCGAUGAGUUCCUGUCUUCACAAAUGACAUUGUAUGGCAAGGUGUACCUACCGGAGGAUAUACAUAGGCAGGCUGCCACCAAUCGAGAGGUUAUUGUAAACAUCCACAGCAGUUUCCAUAAACUAAGAGAUGUAGCGGAGCGGAUGGCACAGCGAUCACGGGAGAACUCCACAGACCUGCUUAUGUUUGGCAAAGACCUUAGUGAACUUGGAUCAGACACAUCAGACCUGCCCGCCAGCGCUGUCCUGGGGAAAACAUGGUUAACACAGAGGAAAUCACUCGUGGAGCUGUCUGGAGAAUUUGGCCUUCUUGCAGACAAAGCAGCACAUCAGGGCAGCAGAGAGGAAGAUGAAGUGGUGGAGAAACUGAACCUUCUUCUUGAACAGCUGCAGUCGUACAAGGAACUGUGUGAUCGCCAUGAUAAUGGUGUGUUACUGGAACAUCAAAGGGCUUUUGAAAGACGCAGCAGUGUGGCCAAACACCUCAAGAACCAAAACAGCAUUGAGCAACCAGAGUCUCGACUCACACAGCAGGAAAACACGAUUAUUACUAUGGAGAUGAGGAGCUAUUUCUCCCUUCUGUGUCUACAUCAAGAAACUCAGCUGGUCUUCACCCAUUUGCCCCUUGUGACUAACAUACUGGGGGCAUUCGUCCAUUCCCAAAUACAAGGACACAAAGAGAUGGGUGACGUAUGGGGUGACCUUCAUCCAAAACUGAAGUCUCUGUUUGACAGCGCUAAUGAAGCCUCAUCUCACUCCUCUACAGAACUGAAGACAUGUGCCGUCGUUCCCUCCAUGUAACCAGAAAAUCUCUGUGAUCCGUGUUACUGUCUGAAAUUACUGUGAACCUGGUCAUUUUGUGUACAUUUUCUAAUGUAUUUACUUUUCUUAAUAACUUUUCUAAAUAGUGGUUCCUGAAGGUAUUUGGAUAUUUAUGUCACACAUAGGCCUAAAUGUUAUAUUUUAUUACAUUAGACACAACAUAAAAACAAUCUGCUAGACCUUUAUCCUCAACCAAACAUGAUUUUUAACCAGUGGGUAUUUUAGUGGAUGAAUAACCUUCUUUUCACACAGAGUCACCACUUGUAGUUCAUUACAUUCACAUUAUGGACAUGUUUCAAAAGUCUUACAAUCAGAAAUACGAUAUACCUUUAAAUGUCCAGUCAGACAAAAUGGUCAAUAAUGGUCCCUAGCUGACCCUGGGGCAAUAUCCUUUCAGAAAGUACACGUAUGCCCCUAAAGAGUUCAUAUUAGAGUAGUUCAUAUCUCAGAGUAGAAUAUGUGAUAAAUUGGUUUCCAUGAUGAGCCAAAAGGACCACCCCCUUUAUGGUACAGUUCAAGCUCAAAUGAGUUCCCACAGUGUAAGAUUAAUCCAUCACCGGUGUGUUAAAGAGAGAUUUAGAAAGUCUUUUUUACCUACUUCUAUUAGACUGUACAAUCAACGGUAUAUAAGAUGAAGAACCCUAUGGAAUCAUGUAGAUGUCCAAAUAAUUAUAAUGCUCUGCAAAUUGAUACUUCACAAAAAUUGGAUGGUGUGUUAUGAAUGCUAUUUCUAUGAUGUAUUAUUAUGUUUUAUUUUUUUAUGUGUGAGACUACUGUGACAUUCUAAAACAGGUGUGUCCAAAAUUUCAUUGGUGAUGGCCAUGUUUGUCUGUCCUUGCAUUCAAAUGAUUUAUUCUACAGUCGAUCUUAUGGUUUAAGUUGAAAUAAAUUCAAAUCCAUUUUUAGUCACACAUUUACAAAAUCCUUUGAAAUACAGAUUGGCAAAUAGUACAAAUACACUGAGACAGGCCUGUUUUGGCACACAUUUGAAAUGUUGGUUUAAUUUGUUUCAUCGUUUUUUUUUUUUAGUAUAUGAAUGAAACAUGUGACUUCACCGGUACAAAACAAAUCAGAGCAUCAGAGAAACAGCCAACAAAUGUGUAGACAAGAAAGGGGCUAGUUUUCACACAGGAAAAUUAUCAACAGUUAUUUCCCAGUUACUUUAAUAGCAAUGAUAUUUGACAUAUUUUCUGGUAUGAAUCAAGCACAGAAAAUCGUUUAAUCCAGUUGAACUGUGUGUAAGGAUGGGGUAUUUUUCAUGCACAUAGGGCAAGUUUUGUGCAUUUAAGGGCAGUUUCCCAGACAGGGUUCAAUCCAGGAAUACCUGGCAUUAGUAUGUCUUCAGAUAUGUGUAAGUGCCAGAUGUUUUUAAA